AUGUUAAUAACCCGUAAAGUGUUUGUAUUUUUAAUUUUAUUUGUUAGUAUAUUUAAUACGUUUGCACGUAUUUGCGUAUAUUUUAAGAACGUUUUAAUAAACCAUUCGCGGGGUUCCGUAAUUACUUUAAUAGUUUUUUCAAUUUUAAUUUGCAAAAAGCCUUUUUCGCAACAUUCCUUAAAUAAAAUACGGAUUUCGACCCCGAAUUUAAUUAUUUUAAACCUUAAAAAGUUAAUACUGUCCGUUUUAAAUUUGCAUUUAACCGGGUUAACCUUUAAAACGUUAUUGGAGCGUUGGCCAAACCGAAAGGCAUUAUUAAAUAUUCGUAAUGUUUAUAUUUGCAACGGAAAGCAAUUUUCCAUUCGUUUUUUUAUCGAAUCCGUAUUUUGUAAUAAGCGUUUUUUAAAUUUAAUUUGGUAA